GUGCACGGACCAGACCUUGUCGUGCUUACCUUGGCCCGAAGCGGCUUAGCUUAGGAGCUCCAAGGUCCCUCCACUCAAGAUUCCCGAAUUUCACCAGUCGACUUUCUCGAUUCAACAUUGCGAUAAUACCACCGACGACAGAUCCGAGCACCCUCUGAUCAAAUUAAUCCAAGCAACAGACAACCCAAUUCUCGACAAGAAUCCCUACUCAAGCUUCACACGAAACCUUUUUGCUUCUUUCAGACCUCAAGACCCCCGCAAUCAUGGCAACCCUCGGAGGCUACCUCAACAAGAAAGUCCUCAUUGUGACCUCAGACUCAAGAAUUCUGGUGGGCACAUUGGAAGCGGCGGACCAGUCCACGAACCUCGUCCUCAGCAGUGCCCAAGAGCGAGUCAUCCAGACCCCCGAGAGCGGCGAGCCCUCCGUCGAAGUGCCUCUCGGCCUCUACCUUGUCCGAGGCGACAACGUCUGCACGAUCGGCCUAGUAGACGAAGCGCUAGACGACAGCAUCAACUGGACCGAAGUCAAAGGUUCUGCUAUUGGAGGAACCAAGCACGUAUGAAAGCCCACGUAAACACAAGAGAGAGAGAGAGGAAAAACGCAAAGGUGGUUUUCGAGGAUGAGAGUGACAUACUGCGUCACGGGAUGUUUGAUUACGAGCGGGAUACCCGAGUGUUGGGAAGGACAUGGGAUUGCGCUGCUGCCAUUGAGACAGGCAGGCAGUCAGGCGUGCGCGCAUUCAU